AUUAUUUUUUUAUUGUUAUUAUUUUUUGGCAGGAUUUGAGUUCAAAUGAAUUAAUCCACUUGCCCAGUAGCAUGGGAGAAAUGAUUUCUUUAAAGGAUUUAAACAUUCGGAGGAAUCGUUUAGAAGUUUUACCAGAUGAACUUAGUAAAUUAAAAUUGGUUAGGUUAGAUUUUUCUUACAACAAGGUGUCAGUGAUUCCUCCUGCUUAUCGUCUGAUUACAAGUUUGUCAGUAUUGGAACUGGCACACAACCCGUUGACAUCCCCCCCUGCACAGGUCUGCACCAAAGGAAAAUUACAUAUUUUCAAGUACCUUAGUGCCACAGCUCAUGAACAGGAAAAGAGGAGAACAUUUGACAGAGAAGUUAGAAGAUAUCCUCUUUCAAGGUCGUCAAGUGACGAUGCUACUGAAAAUCAUCUGAUGAUUGACAGAGUUAGAAGGGCACACUCAUUGGAGUUUUCAAGGAAUGCUUCUCCAAGAGAGGCUUACGAGAAAGAUGUUUAUCGACCAAGCUCUUUACGAGAAAGAGAGAGAUCUAGGGCCCCCCUGUCUAAUGUGUUUGAAACAGAAGAGAAGAGACGUGAGAUUCAGAAAGAGAUUGAAAGAGCCCAGCAACUUCUUGCAGAUGCCCAUGAGGUGGAAGUGGGAGAAAUACCAUCUAAACCAGAUGAGGAAUUUACUGAAGGAGAAGAACUUGAAAAGGAAUUCCUACAAAUUGAAGCUGAGCAACGGCGAAAGAAGGAAGAGGAAGAAAGACAGGUAGAGGAACGGAGAAGUGCUGCCAAGAAACUCCAAUCACAACAUGAAGAAUUACAAAGAGAAAGACAAGCAGAGGUCAGAAGAAAAAUGGAAACUAAGAAUGGAACUUCUGAUCCGAGAAGACUGGCUUCCUCUUCAUUUGGCGGUAGAGACGGUGCAAAAACCGCUCUUCCAAAGCGUCCACCGACUUAUAAAGUAUUAACCCGUUCAGGCUCAGCAAAAGAACCAAGUUCCCCUGAGAUGGAAUCUCCUGAUGUAGCGUGGAGUAGACAGGAGGAAGAACUCAGAGCACGAAAAAGAGAAGCACUUAUGCAACAAAGCAGAAGAGAAGCUCAACUUUCCAGAUUAAGAUUUGAAGAAGAACGACUCAAGCAUUCUUCCAACCUUUCUAGAGAUGGCUCCAGUAAAGUGAGAUUUAGUGGCAAAGGUGGUGCAGCUGUUUCUUUUAAUGGCAGUGAAUCUUCUCCACAGACUGAAGCCAAUGCUCAAGACAGAGAGGCAUGGGAGGAAUCAGUUUUCCCGAACAUUCACACGAGACAAAAAGCGGCCCAAGUUCGUUCUUUACCAGCGUCCUUCAGAGAUAAAGCAAAUCCAAAUUUCACCAUAAAACGGAUGUACGACAGUGCCAGGGAAGAGUUUGAACAACUGGAAAGACUCAGAGAGGGUAUCGAAAGUCGUCUUAAGGUGUCAUUACCAGAUGAUCUGCCGGCAUCACUCUCCGACGGUGUUGUGUUGUGCCACCUUAUUAAUCACAUCAGGAAAGGACUGAUUCCCAGCAUUCAUAUUCCGUCGGCAGGAGUGCCCAAACUUACCAUGCCGAAAUGUCAGAAAAACGUGGAUUAUUUUCUUGAGGCUUGUAGAAAGCUAGGCGUGAACAAGGAGAAACUCUGUACGCCAUCCGAUAUUCUGGAGGAGAAAAGUCCAUUACGUGUGUGCCAGACGGUAGAAUCAUUACUAGAGCACGUUGACGGAGGCGUAUAACACAGAAAGUAUACACAGUAAAAUAACAAGUGUCAUGAUUCCAAAUCUUUAACGUCAAGGCGAUUUAUCCAUUGAUUGCCGUAAAAAAUAUAUUUAAAAGACGAAAAGUAAAAUCUUCCUUUGGUUCUUGCUGAAAAUAGGACAAAUACAUUAUUGAUACAUGUACAAAGAAAUAUGAUCUGGUUUAGGUUAGGAGGAAUGCAGUUUAGCGUAAAACGUGCAGUGUUGACCAACAUUUCAUCACGUUAUAGUAGAAACGAAUGUGGACUGGAGAUUCCCUUGAUUUCUCUUUUAUAGGUACUCUCAUCAAAGUAUUGAAUUGUUUUGCUCCAUUCCGUGCCUGCAAAAUGUGCUGUACAGCAGUUUUGAAACUUUAGGUAGUCCUCAGUCUAGGAGACUGGGUUCUAGAGAGUGGGUCUCCCACGUCCAGGAGAUUGGUUUCUAGUGGCUACUAAGUCAAACAGUGGAACUAAAAAGUCCCUUGGAUAAAUCAUUGAGAAUUAAUUACGUCUAUGUUAUAUGACACUUAUGAUUAUUAUUUUUUAUCUAAACUGAGUAGCAUACACGCACCAUGUCCAUUUUGUGGGAGGGAAAAAUGAUAAGCUUGACCUCUGCGCAAUCUAAGUCUGCCCGUGGAAAUAGAAUAGAAGAUACUUAUCAAAAACUGCCCCGUAUAUGCCUUUUAUUUUCGAGAACCUUUGUUUAAAGUAGUUUUCUGAUUAACAUAAGCACUUCAGUCUCUGAUAGAGCUACGAAACUCUCAAAUCUAAAUAUUGAAAAGGUAUGGCAUGAUUAGAUUAAUUCCAUGAAAUUUGAACCCGCUGUGAAUACACUUUUUGUGUCACGCGGGUUGAAAAACUGAAUGUAUUAAAUACAAUAAUAAAUCUCGUGAAGGAUUAUCAAACUUAAUUUUGUAGUAAAUGUGAAAACGGCACAAAAAAUAUCACCCCAGAAUAAAAUGCUUUUCUCAAAUACGAAUCGCGUACAUUUUAAAUGAAGAAGCAAAAACCCAGGGGGUAAAAUGGCCGCGUCCCAAUUUUCGUACGUACAUUUUUACCACUCGUCGAUUAGCGAUGAGUUGGAGACUGCUUGCAGUCUAGUAUGCAGGGCUUUCCCUGCUGUCACGUGACGUCGCAAUUAUUACCGCUGACCGACUCAAUUCCAGGACCUUAGUUGUACUUAUCUCGCGGUACAAGUAGCCAGUUGAGGUCUGGACAGUGGAAUGUCUUUCACCAAGAUUUUUCUAUAAACAAAGAGAUGGCCAUAGCAGAAAGAAUUAUCGUUGCUGAAUAUUCUUGUAUUACUUUAAAUUUAAAUACUAGACAACUCUGAACUAUUGUUAACUCCUAUUAAAAAUGUGUUUCUUUGAAUAAUGAUUUGAAUCCAAGCCAUCAGUGUAAAUUUUUUUUCUAAAUUUUGAUAAUAACUAUUUGAUUAUUCAGACAGACACUAACGACAAUAAAACUCAGGUUUCAGCCUCUCUUUUUA